CAUCGCCGACGAUUGCCUCAUUCGGACUGGGCGGCACGUCUCCAGCGAGCGCGGGGCAGCAUUUACCGAGAGAACCCCCACCAUCAUAUUCCCCCAACGUCCAGCGUGAGCUUGUUGAAGACUGAAUGCGAAUCUUGACUGUAAUCAUCUGUGCAGACCUUCAUCAGACUUGCCUUCGAGGUGCUUGAAACCGCGCAUCAUGAGUCUCUUCAGCUUAAAAGACCACACAGCCCUCGUCACGGGAGGCACCCGGGGCAUUGGCCAGGCCGUCGCGCUGGCCCUCGCCGAAGCCGGAGCUGACAUUCUCCUUGUCCAGCGCGAUACGUCCAACACAAAGACCAAGGAGCAGAUUGAAGCUCUAGGGCGCAAGGCAACAAUCUACACCUGUGAGCUGUCCUCGCCGGAAUCUGUCGCCUCGCUCGUCCCCAAGGUCCUUGCCGAUGGUCACGAGAUUCGUAUUCUGGUGACCUGCGCUGGGAUCCAGCGACGUCACCCCGCCGAUGUGUUUCCCGACAGCGACUUCAACGAGGUCAUGCAAGUCAACCUCAACUCCGUCUUCACAAUGUGCCGGGACAUUGGCGCACACAUGCUCACGCUGGAACCUUCCCCCGUGACGGGUCGCAAGGGCUCCAUCAUCAACUUUGCCUCGCUGCUCACCUUUCAAGGCGGCCUCAACGUCCCAGCCUACGCUGCCUCCAAGGGUGCGGUCGGCCAGCUGACCAAGAGCAUGGCCAAUCAGUGGAGUGACAAGGGCAUCACCGUGAAUGCCAUUGCGCCCGGCUACAUUGCGACAGACAUGAAUGAGGCCCUGCUCAAGGACGAGAAGAGGCUGAAGAGCAUCUCGGAGAGGAUUCCAGCGGGCCGAUGGGGCACACCAGAGGACUUCAAGGGGACGGCAGUGUACUUGGCGAGCAGCUCAAGCGGGUACGUAAGCGGGCAUGUGCUGACGGUUGAUGGCGGCUGGAUGGGUCGGUAGGAGACAAGGUGUUGGAAAUUGGACUGUUUUGAUAUUGUCUGCUUCGAACAACUGUCCAAGCCUGCCUACAGGCCCGGGUGACUGGGUGCGUUGCCUGCAACGUGCUCAUGUUUGGCAUAGACCACCUUUCUCUUACUGAUAGACCGCAAGAAUCUGCCAUCCAGGG